AUGAAAUUUUGUUUUUUUGAAACAGAAUUUAUAACAGUUAAAAGUGAAAUAAUCGAAGACAGCUCAGACAGCUACAGCAGUGUUAAAGUGGAUCAUGAUCAAAUUAAGGAAGAAGUAGAAGAAAUAUAUGAAAGUAAAAGAAGUGAAAUUAGUGUGAAAUAUGAACAAAGUGAAGAAAAUGAAGAACAUUCAAACGAAAUUAACUACGAAAAUAUUAAAGUUGAAAACGAAUUAAAUACAGAAUUAAGUAUUAAAGAGGAAAUAUUAGAUGAAAAUGAUUUAGAACAAAAACAGGCGAAUGUUGAUGAUCGACCAUUUCCUUGUGAUGUUUCAUUUAAUAGAAAAACCGGUUUAAUACAACACGAACGAAUUCACACGGGUGAAAAACCAUUUAUAUGUGAUAUUUGUAAUAAAACGUUUAAUCAACGACCUCAUUUAGAUAGACAUAAACGGAUUCAUAGUAGAGAAGAAGGGAGUGUCGAAACAUUUUCAUGUGAUACAUGUAAUAAAACAUUUACUGAACGGAGUAGUUUGAAUAGACAUCAACAAACCCAUGCUGGAAUUAAACCAUUUUUAUGUGAUAUUUGUAGUAAAACAUUUACGAGGCAACAUGAUUUAGCUCAACAUAAACGGACGCAUACUGGAGAACGACCAUUUCCAUGUGAUAUUUGUAAUAAAUCAUUUUCUGAUAGCAGUAAUUUACACAAACAUAAACGUACUCAUUAUGAUGAAAAACUGUUUUCGUGUGAUAUUUGUGAGAAGGCAUUUAAAACGAAAACACAUUUAACUAGACAUCAACGAAUUCAUUAUGGAGAAAAAUCAUUUGCAUGUGAUAUUUGUAGUAAAACGUUUGAGAGAAAUGACAGUUUAACACGACAUAAACUUACACACAAUGGAGAUAAAUCAUUUACGUGUGAUAUUUGUAAUAAAACAUUUGAGAGGAGUGAUAGUUUAACUCGACAUAAACUUACUCACAAUGAAGAAAAUCCAUUAUCAUGUGACAUUUGA